AUGAAUCUCUCUCACGCAAACAAGUGCUGCGCCUUCGAGUCUCCCAUCCUGGACCAGGUUUUGCCUCCAGUGCUGAUCUUGGAGUUCAUGUUUGGACUGAUGGGGAACUUUAUCGCCCUGUGGAUGUUCAUCUUUCACAUGGACACAUGGAAGCCCAAUUCUGUGUACCUGACUCACCUGGCUGUUGCCGACUCCAUUGUAAUGUUCUGCCUACCUUUCAGGGCAGACUAUUACAGGCGUGGAAAAAACUGGCUGCACGGUGAUGCCAUGUGUCGUAUCCUGCUCUUUCUGCUGGCAGCCAACCGUGCGGCAGGGAUCUUCUUCCUCACGGCCGUGGCUGUUGACCGUUAUUUCAAGAUUGUCCACCCGCUGAACCGGAUCAACCGAAUGGGCCUGGGCUACGCUCUCUGGGUCUCCCUCGGCCUCUGGGGUCUGAUUUUUCUUGCUACGGGAUAUCUUCUUGCUGAUGAGCACUUCUUCUACAAUAGCAACCGUACACAGUGUGAGAGCUUCAACAUCUGCAUGGGCUUCAGUCCCCUCUCCACCUGGCACAAUACUUUCUACAUCAUCCAGUUUUUCCUGCCCACUGCAAUCGUCGCUUUCUGCACAAUAAGAAUUACGUGGCAGCUGACAGGCAGGACUGUGGACAAAAAAGGGAAAAUCAAGCGGGCCGUUCAGUUUGUCUUGGCUGUGGCUUUGAUCUUUAUUACCUGUUUCUUUCCCAGCACUAUAUCACGCGUUGCUGUAUGGGUCCUCAAGGUAUGGUACGAUGAAUGCAAAUACUUUGAAGAGGUCAACCUGGCAUUCUACACAUCAGUGUGUCUCACCUACUUCAACAGUGUCCUCAACCCUCUGGUGUAUUAUUUCUCGAGCCCUGCUUUCAGCGGCACCUUCGAGAAGCUCCUGAAUAAACUGCUGAGAAGGAACGACGAUCAGAUAGAUAAAAAUGAGAACGACAUUUCCACCAUUGAUGAUAGAAGAUUAUAAAGCCAGUUGCUGUUGUAUUCCCUGCUAACAUUGCAAUUUAACAAACUUGAAGUUGUUACAUGAAUGCAUAAUGCAUGUUAAAGGCCUGGCUGUUGAUUAAAAUUUCUAUUAUCGUAGUUUAAAAACUAUAAUUACAUGUAGAGAAGAGGUUUUGCUGUGAUCGUGAACAACAAAAUGACCCACCUAAAAUAUUAAUUAGCAGCUUAGUUGGGUGUACUUGUAUUGGUAUAACAUAACGUAUAAACCCUUGUGUGUGGUUGCAGUGUUAAAGUAAUAAUGAGCCGUUAACAAUGAGAAAAAAACUUCAGUUGCAAGCUUACCUAGUCAAACAUGCACUGCAAAUGCUUGUAAAGGUAUAAAUAUGUGAUGAUGUUAUGCGUAUAUUCACCUUUUCUUGGUAAGGUAGUACAUAUAAUAUGAUUUUCUGCCUCCCAGUCAAAUAUUUACAUUGCAAACAGCCAGAGGGAAGUUUAGAUGACUUAAGUGCUGAUGGUAAAUGUCAAACUCUCAAACCAUACAUCCACUGGAAAUUGUAAAGUUUUCUGUGACAACCUGCAGGUAAUUUCAACUAGUACUGUAAAAGCAAUGUAUUUGUUUUUAUUAUUGUCUGUCUUUGGUCAUUCUGUGUGCAUAUUUGUUUUUGCACAUGUUAAUUUCCAGUCUUUGUAUGCUGUCACAUUUUGUUUUCAAUAAAUAAAUUAAACAUCAGGAUAACCAACAUAUAAAUAACA